CACGCAUUACCGACAUUCACACGGUUAGGAUAUAAAAGAAUGUGCCAUCCUCUGUCUCAAAGACUUCACCAAAGCGACAUACUUUAAAGAAUUUCCAUAUUCCUUUUUCAUAAACUAUUACUAUUGCCAUAAAAGUGCACGUUAGUUGCUUCUUUGGCAUUGUAUAGUUGCAAGUGGGUUGUCGUCUUUUGCGGUACCUUUAAUCCUUUUUUUUUUUUUCCCCAAAGCAGACUCAGGCUUCAUUUGCUUUGCUUUGCUUUGCCUAGCCUAGCCUUGCUUUGUAUUCUUCCUUUCACCUUGAUCUUUUUCUUUUCUUCUUUGUCGCCGUUUUCAUUUGCAUUCCCUGUUACGGCUUUUUAGGCUUUUGAAUUUAGAUUAUACACAAAAAGCUUCAAGUUGUUGUUGUUUCGAUUCAUACAACUUUCUUCUUCUUUUUCUUUAUUUUGUUGAUUCCUUUCUUCAUUUUUUUUCUCUCUCACACCUUUUCGACAUCAAAUCAUAAAUAAAAAAUUAAAAGAUGUCUUCGAAUGGAAUCUCUCAAGGCUCUCAAGCCUCUGUCCAUCCUUCCGCUGGUGAAGACAACACUCUUCGCCAACGUAAAAUCCCCGUCGUCCCCGUUGUCCCUGAGCGCCGUUUUGACCCUAAGGCUCCUAAACACAUCCAGGAACAACCAUGGACCCUCACCAACUUUUGGCGCCACUUCAACUGGCUUCAUUUGAUUCUUUUGUUUACGUUCCCCGCCGUCGGUAUUUACGGUAUUUGCACGACUCCUUUACACACCAAGACCUUGUUAUUCUCCAUCGUGUACUACUUCUAUUCCGGUCUUGGUAUCACCGGCGGUUACCACCGUCUUUGGGCUCAUCGUUCCUACAAGGCCAAGAAGCCCCUUCAAUACUUCUUUGCCGCCGGUGGUGCUGCCGCUUUUGAAGGUUCCAUCCGUUGGUGGGCCCGUGAUCAUCGUGCUCAUCACCGUUACACCGAUACUGACAAAGACCCUUACAAUGUCAAGAAGGGUUUCUGGUAUGCUCACGUUGGUUGGAUGAUCAUCCUCCAAAACCCUCGUCGUAUUGGCCGUACUGAUAUUUCCGAUUUGAACACCGACAAGUUAGUCGUCUUCAACCACCGUCACUUCCUUCCCUUUGCUACCAUCAUGGCUUUCGUUGUACCAAGUCUUAUUUGCGGUUACUUCUGGGGUGAUUACCGUGGUGGUUAUUUCUACGCUGGUGUCUGCCGUCUUGUUUUCGUUCACCAUGCUACCUUUUGUGUCAAUUCCCUCGCCCACAUGUUGGGUGGUCAACCUUUCGACGACACCAACUCUGCCCGUAACCACUACAUCACUGCUCUUGUCACCCUUGGCGAGGGUAACCACAACUACCACCAUGCUUUCCCUAACGACUACCGUAAUGGUUUAAGAUGGUACGAAUACGACCCUACUAAGGCUUUCAUCUGGGCUUGCAGUCUCGUCGGUCUUGCUUACGAUCUCAACACUUUCCCUCAGAAUGAAAUCGAAAAGAGUCUUGUUCAACAAAGACAGAAGGUCUUGGAUCGCUGGCGUGCUCGUCUCAACUGGGGUACUCCUUUGGAAGUUCUCCCUGUUAUGGAGUUUGAAGAAUUUUUGGAAGAAAGCAAGACUCGCCCUCUUGUUCUCAUCAAUGGUGUCGUUCACGAUGUAACUGGCUUCCAACACCCUGGUGGUCAAGGUCUUUUGCGUUCUGCCUUUGGUAAGGAUGCCACUGCUGCCUUCAAUGGUGGUGUUUAUGAACACACCAAUGGUGCCCACAACUUGCUCGCUACCUACCGUAUCGCUGUCGUUCGCGGUGGUAUGGAAGUUGAAGUUUGGAAGUCUGGUGCCGGUGAGAAGAUGCCUAUGAAAGAUACCUUUGGUCAAAGAAUCGUUCGUGUUGGCGAGCAACCAACUCGUCUUCAACCUCCAAUUGAAGCCGCUGCUGCUAAUUGAUUUGUCUUGUAUUUUCGUUUUUCUUUUUUUUCUUAUUAAUUUGAAAGUAAAUUUCUUGGGAGGUGACGCAACGUUCAUAAUAUUAUAAUGCAUAUUUAAUAAAUUUUUAAUUUAUAAGCUA